AUGGGGGAUUUUGCAGCCCCCGCUGCCGCCGCGAAUGGCAGCAGUAUCUGCAUCAACAAUAACCUGAACAGCAGCCUCAGCGGGGCUGGCGGUGCCGGUAUCGGGGUUAACAGCACUCCCCACGGUCCUCCUGCCGCCGCUGCCGGUAACAAUAACGCUAACAGCGGCGGCAUUCCCAAGCACAGCACGGUGGUGGAGCGGCUGAGGCAGCGCAUCGAGGGCUGCCGGCGGCACCAUGUCAACUGCGAGAGCAGGUACCAGCAAGCCCAGGCGGAGCAGCUGGAGCUGGAGCGCAGGGACACGGUGAGCCUCUACCAGCGGACCCUGGAGCAGAGGGCCAAGAAAACGGGCACCGGCGGCGGCGGCAGCAGCAGCAGCAGCAGCAAGCAGCAGCAGCAUCAGAGCAAACAGCAGCAAGAUGCCGAGCCUGCCGCGGCGGAGCAGAGGAACCACACUCUGAUCAUGCUUCAAGAGACGGUCAAAAGGAAGUUGGAAGGCGCACGUUCACCUCUCAAUGGAGAACAGCAGAAUGGAAUUUGUGAUGGGAGCUUUUCUCCGACCAGCAAGCGGAUACGGAAGGAUGUACCAGGCAUCGAGGCAAUCAACAGCUUGCCCAAUAAUUUGCCUUUGCCUGCUGUUUCUCCUCUUCACCAGCUUGACAUGAAAGCUCCCCUGCCCCUGCAGAACAGUGGAGCUCAUGGUAGUGGUCUAGAAGACUUGGGUAAAAAUGGUGGGCUUUCUGAGAUAAAGCUCCCUGUUAAUGGUUGCAACGAGCUAGACGAUAGUUUUAACAUCCUACAGAACAAGGAGCUAAAGCAAGAGCCUUUGGAUGACGCCAGCUGCAUAGACACUUCUGAAACAUCUCUUUCAAAUCAGAACAAGCUCUUCUCAGACAUUAACCUGAAUGAUCAAGAGUGGCAGGAGCUAAUAGAUGAACUAGCAAACACUGUUCCAGAAGAUGAUAUACAAGAUUUGUUCAACGAAGACUUUGAAGAGAAGAAGGAGCCGGAAUUUCCCAGGCCUGCCACAGAGACUCAAGAGAGUGCAAGUGUGAAAAGCGAUCCAUCUCAUUCUCCAUUUGCUCAUGUCCCGUUGGGGUCUCCUCAGGUGAGGCCUUCUUCUUCCGGUCCUCCAUUUUCAAACGUGUCUACAGCCUCUAGCAUAGCUUCUGUGUCCAGCGCCCCGCCAGCCCCAAUCCCUGCCGGCUCACCAGCAAACUGUGUUGUUCAGUCACCUCAGACUCCCAGCCAGGCCCACGCUCCAGGCCAGACACAGACGCGGUCUGGAAAUGGCUAUCUUAUGAAUCCAGCAGCAGCAACUGUGGCAGGAUCAGGGCCUGGGCCUGUGACUAUGCCAAGCGCUGACUUGUCUCCAGCUGAACAGCUCAAGCAAAUGGCAGCCCAGCAGCAGCAAAGAGCUAAGCUCAUGCAGCAGAAGCAGCAGCAGCAGCAGCAUCCAAAUCAACCCUCAAGCUGGUCACCUGUGGGCCCUCCAUCUAGUCCAUACGGAGGACCCUUCAGUGCAGACAAACCAAAUAGUCCAAUGAUGUAUCCCCAAGCCUUUAACAACCAAAACCCAAUAGUGCCUCCUAUGGCAAACAAUCCACAGAAGACCACAAUUAAUAACUACCUCCCUCAAAAUCACAUGAAUAUGAUCAGUCAGCAGCCAAAUAACCUGGGCACAAACUCCUUAAGCAAACAGCCCAACAUGCUUUCUUACGGCAACACCAAACCUCUGACCCACUUCAAUGCUGAGCUGAGUCAGAGGAUGACCCCACCAAUGGCAAAUCCCAGCAAGAACCCCAUGAUGCCGUACAUCCAGCAGCAGCAGUCCCAGCAGCCGCAGAUGCAAGCUCAGAUGGCGCACCUGAGCGAGGAACAGAAACGCAUGCUCAUCAUGAAGCAGAAAGGAAUGAUGAAUCAGCCCAUGGCAUAUGCAACACUUCCUUCCCUUGGUCAGGAGCAGCAUCAAGUGGGAUUGUCUCGGACCACAGGGCCUAUGCAGCCUUCUGUCCCACCGGGCUCCAGCAGCGUGGUCACAGGCACAAGCUCUGGGGGUCCCUUCCUGGGAAACCAACCUCAAGCGGCCAUCAUGAAGCAGAUGCUGAUCGAGCAGAGAGCCCAGCUCCAUGUGAUAGAGCAGCAGAAACAACAGUUUCUAAGAGAGCAAAGGCAGCAGCAGCAGAUCCUAGCAGAGCAGCAGUUGCAGCAGCAGUCACAUUUGCCUCGGCAGCAUCUGCAGCAACAGCGGAGCCCGUAUCCAGUGCAACAGGUCAAUCAGUUCCAAGGUUCUCCCCAGGAUAUAGCAGCUGUGAGAAACCAAGCUGCACUCCAGAGCAUGAGGACAUCCCGAAUGAUGGCCCAGAACGCGAGCAUGAUGGCAAUGGGUCCCUCCCAGAACCCGAGCACACUGCCCACGACCGCAGGCCAGUCAGACAUGGGCAUGGCGCCUUACAGCAACACCUCUUCCAGCCAGCCGGGAAUGUACAGUAUGAGCACAGGGAUGAGCCAAAUGUUGCAGCACCCAAACCAAAGUGGCCUGAACAUGGCACAUAACGCAGGCCAGGGAACGAGGCAGCCUGCCUCUGGACAAGCAGUUGGAAUGGUCGGCAAUUUUGGUCAGAACAUGCUGGUAAACUCUGCUCUUCCCCAGCAUCAGCAGCAGAUGAAAGGACCUGUGGGCCAGGUCUUACCCAGGCCACAAGCACCGCGACUUCAAAACCUGAUGGGGACUGUCCCUCAAGGAACACAAAACUGGCAGCAGCGAGGCUUACAAGGUAUACCUGGAAGGACUAGCAGUGAAAUGGGGCCCUUCAAUAAUGGCACAACGUACCCGAUGCAGUCGGGGCAGCCACGGCUGUCCAAGCAACACUUCCCGCAGGGGCUUAAUCAGACAGUUGUGGACACGAGUGGAACAGUAAGAGCCCUGAACCCAGCGAUGGGGAGGCAGUUGCUGCAACCACUACCUGGGCAACAAGGAGCCAGCCAGGCCAGGCCGAUGGUAAUGCCUGCAAUAAGCCAAGGGGUCCCCGCGAUGUCUGGCUUUAGUCAGCCUCCGACGCAGCAAAUGCCAGGUGGUAACUUUGCUCAGAGCAGCCAAGGCCAGGCCUACGAGAGGAAUCCCACUCAGGACAUAACUUACAACUACAGUAAUGAAGGAGCAGGGGGGUCAUUCUCCAGUUUAGCAGAGGGCGCAGACCUUGUGGACUCCAUCAUUAAGAGCGGACCAGGGGAUGAGUGGAUACAAGAACUUGAUGAGUUGUUUGGAAACCCCCAGUGAAUGGGCUUGUAUAGUCUGGAGCUUUGGUUGUUACGUUUGAAAAAAGAAAAGAGAGAGUUGGAUGUUCUCCCCAUCCUUGGAUUGUUGUUUUUUUGUUUGGAUUGGUUUGGUUUGGGGUUAUUUUGUUUUCUUUUGUUUUUAAUCGUGCAAACUGAGCUGAUCUGUAGCCAACUUUGGAAGAUUCAGGGGACGAUGAAAACAUCGGCAUCCCAAGACUUCCACCAAGCAAUCUCCGUUGUGUGGCAGCA